GGAUGACGUACCUGAUUACUACCGGCCAUACCUUCCAUACCAGUCAAUUGUUGUCAAAUAUCGUCUCGAUCGGUUCAAAAUUGACUUAAUGACUUUUCGAAACUGAGAUCAAAAAACCAUCUGCAGCCUCAUUGCACCAUUACAACAUGGCAUCUCGAAACCUGAUGGUAACAUUUUGGCGGCGCAAUACAAAUCUGGUAUCGAAGCAACAGCUCCGGCGGCUCACUUUACAUGAAUACCAAUCUCAGGACCUUUUGAAGGAGUUCGGCAUCCCAGUACCCCGAGGUCACCUCGCAAGAACGCCGGCUGAAGCUGCAGUAAUUGCCAAAGAGCUUGGAGGAGCCUGUGCUCUCAAAUCACAAACAUUGAGGGGUGACAUCGACGAUGGCACGUUUGACAACGGCUCAGGGGCCGGCAUCCAAGUGGUCAACGACGCAGAAAACGCCGAAAAAGUUGCCAAUCGCAUGCUCGGUCACUGUUUGAAGACGGCUAAAUCCUUAGGAAAUGAAACUUUGAUCAACAAACUUCAUGUCACGGAAACCGUGAAUUCCGAGAAGAAAUGGUACUUGGCUAUUACGUUCGAUCGCGAGAACUACUGUCCGACGAUCAUCGCGUCCAAAUUUGGCGGAGUCGCCAUCGAAAAAAUAGCAGCACAACAUCCGGACGAGCUCCAUACGUUCCAAUUUGAGUUCACGGAGGGCAUCACAUCCGGACUCGCUGACAAAGUCUCAAGAUGUUUGGGAGCUUCAGCGAAGGAGACGGAGGAUCUGAAAGACAUUCUCGGCAGGCUUUACAAACUUUUCACAACCAAAGACGCCACUUUACUAGAGAUCAAGACUCUAGCCAGCUCACCUGAAGGAGGGCUGAUUUGCACGGACGCCAAGUUCUCCUUUGAUGAUGCCACCACCAAGCGACAAAAUUCUCUUUUCGCAGAGCGAGACACGGAUCACGAAAUCCCAGAAGAAGUCGAGGCUGAGAAGUAUGGGCUGGUCUAUGUUCGCAUGGACGGUGAUAUUGGCAACGUCGUCAAUGGUGCCGGUCUCGCAAUGGCGACCAAUGAUGCCAUUGCGCUGCACGGAGGCGCCAGUGCCAACUUUCUUGAUGCGGGCGGGCAAGCGACGAAGGAGACCAUGGUCAAGGCAUUCGAGAUUAUUUUGAGGGACCAGAGGGUGAAGACGAUACUUGUGAACAUCUAUGGCGGCAUUACCAGAGGCGAUAUGAUCGCAGAAUCCAUUCUUGGCGCAGCAAAAGAGCUGGGUCCGCUCAAGAUUCCUAUGGUAGUCCGGCUUCAAGGUACCAACUCUGAGCUGGGAUUGAAAACUCUGGAGGAAGCGAAUCUUGGAUUGCACACGGAGGCGGAUUUUGGGAAAGCAGCGCAAAAAGCAGUAGAGCUGGCGCGAGAAGCAAGAUCGGCGUCUUUGAAUUCGUAGUUGACUUUGAAUAUCUGUAGCAGCUUACGAUGGCUGCCACCAACCAAUAGAAUCUCGACAUUUCGCC